GGAUCAUCGAAACACGCCACCAGCCACAGCCAACCCACCACGGCCCGUGAGCCCGGUCCUUCGUCAUAGCAGCCGACUCGUUCGUUCGCCGUUGCCUAGGGCAGUGGGAGAGCACAACCCAAGCUCCGUCCUCCUCUCUACAAACACCUCGCACCCUCUCAUCGCACCCAUCACAAACAACCAUUUCAAUAUGAAGGGUGCAUUAUUGACAUCGGCCCUGGCGGCCGGCGCCCAGGCAGGCGUCCACAAGAUGAAGCUCCAGAAGAUAUCCUUGUCGGAACAGCUCGAGGGCUUGAACAUCGAGGACCAUGUCAGGCACCUCGGCCAGAAGUACAUGGGCGUUCGCCCCCAGAACCCCUUGAGUGAGAUGUUCAAGGAGACAUCAGUCCACGCGGAGGACGGUCACCCGGUCGCCGUCGACAACUUCCUCAACGCCCAAUACUUCAGUCAGAUUGCGAUUGGAACACCCCCACAAGAGUUCAAGGUUGUGUUGGACACUGGUAGCUCGAACCUGUGGGUUCCAUCUCAGGACUGCGGCAGCAUCGCCUGCUACCUGCACUCCAAGUACGACCACGGCGAAUCCACCACAUACAAGCAGAAUGGCUCCGACUUUGCCAUCAGAUACGGCUCAGGUAGCCUUGAGGGUUACGUCAGCCAGGACACCGUACAGAUCGGUGACCUCAAGAUCAAGAACCAGCUUUUUGCUGAGGCCACCUCUGAGCCAGGUCUUGCGUUCGCAUUCGGACGCUUUGACGGUAUCAUGGGUCUUGGAUACGACACCAUCUCUGUCAAUGGCAUCCCGCCUCCAUUCUACAACAUGAUUGACCAAGGUCUGCUUGAUGAGAAGAAGUUCGCCUUCUACCUCAGCAGCACCGACAAGGGUGAUGAGUCGGAAGCCAUCUUCGGUGGUGUCAACGAGGACCACUACACUGGCAAGAUGAUCAACAUCCCACUCCGCCGCAAGGCUUACUGGGAGGUCGACCUUGACGCCAUCACCUUUGGCGACCAGACUGCUGAGAUCGAUGCUACUGGUGCCAUUCUUGACACCGGCACUUCUCUCAUCGCCCUCCCAAGCACUCUUGCUGAGCUCUUGAAUAAGGAGAUCGGCGCCAAGAAGUCCUACAACGGCCAGUACACCGUGGACUGCAGCAAGCGCGACUCUCUCCCAGACCUUACCUUCACUCUCACCGGCCACAACUUCACCAUCGACUCUUACGAUUACAUCCUUGAGGUCCAGGGUAGCUGCAUCAGCGCCUUCAUGGGUUUUGACAUUCCAGAGCCAGCGGGUCCUCUCGCUAUCCUCGGAGACGCUUUCCUCAGAAAAUGGUACUCCGUCUACGACUUGGGCAGCAACUCCGUCGGUCUUGCCAAGGCCAAGUAAGGAAGACGAUGAAUAACGUACGAUGGAAUGAUGAUAGUCAGCACAUGGCUGCAGUGGAGGAGCAACACCGCGAGCAGAAUCGUGCAUAGCAUGGAACGGCGUGGUCAACCGAGAUUGUAACUACUGGCUAACAGCACCUAAUGUGCGGUAAACGGCUUUUCAUAGCGUAUCACAUACACUCUGUAUACCAUUACCCCAGAACAGGU